GUUUAUGUCUUUGUGCACACGGCACCAGCCUGGUGCAGAGCGCACAAACCCAACGUGUUACUGUUUACCUCCCCUAGCAGUGUUCGUGUGUUUCGCAUCAGACACGCGCGGCCGGUUGAAGGAGUUUUUAAUAUUUUUAUGGCGUGAUGUUGUUGUAAAGUUACGCGGAGCCUCGGUGGCUAUCGCGAGGCCGGAGCUCGAGCCUGGGCCGCGGGCAGCCAGCUGGCAGAUGCCGCCUGUCAGCAGCAUCCUCCGGGACAAAUCUCAUGAAAACCCGCGGCUAGCAGGGUGGCUAACCCGGCUAAAUCAUGGUUAGGAGCCGAGGAGAUGUUGACGCUGCUGUUGGUCCUCGCCGCCGGUCUGUCCCGCGGGUCGGCCGGUCCCGACUGCAGCCCCGUCGCCACGGAGACCAGCAGCGCGGGCGGUUACUGUCGGCCGUGGUGGACCCGCAGAGAGCCGAGCAGAGCCAGAGGCAGCACCUGGAGGCCCUGUUCAACAGAUAUGGAGAAAACGGCACCAUCUCUCUGGCCGGUUUAAAGCGUCUGUUACAGAACGUGGGUCUGGAUCGCAUCAGGACCGUUACGGUGCAGCAUCACGAGGAACCGGGCCACCACGAUCACCACCACCACCACCACCACCAUAACCACGGUCACCAUGGUCACCACCAUCACAACCACAACGACUCCCAGGAGCACGCUGAGCCCUCUCAGCCCGGAACGCUCCCAAAACCGUCUGAAGCGUCCAACGCCGAGGACAGCCUGCACCGUAAGGGCACCGCGGCGGCGGCGGCCCGGGACGGCGGCACCACGGCGGCGUACAGCGCCGAGCUGGUGGUUCAACCGGACGUCGUGCGCAACGGACAAAACGGCAGUCCGGCGGCGGAGGAGACUACUGCCGGGCUCACCGUCACCGAAAGCAAGACGAUGGAGGCUGCAGUCACCCGGGGCAAUAACGACCACAAUCAUGACCAUGACCACGAACAGGACCACGACCACGAACAGGACCACGACCACGAACAUGACCACGACCACGGUCACGGUCACAACCACAAGCGGAGCGCGGAGUGUCUGAACGCCUCCGCCAUCCUGUCGUCACACGGAUUUCAGGAAGUAGACGUGACCCUGGCCGACUUCAGCUUCCUCUGCCCCGCCCUCCUCAACCAGAUCGACGGCGGAGUGUGCAUCCUGCACGGAGGCGCCGACGGGGAGACGGACCAUAAACAUCGUCACGGCGACCACGACAACUCUGAGGUCGGCCGAGAAAGUGACAAGAACAUUGCCAUAGCGUGGGUGGGGGGCUUCGUCUCCAUCACCAUCAUCAGCCUGCUCUCCCUGCUCGGCGUCAUCCUCAUCCCGCUCAUGAACCGGGUUUUCUUCAAGUUCCUCCUCAGCUUCCUGGUUGCGUUGGCCGUGGGCACGCUGAGCGGCGACGCCUUCCUGCACCUCAUCCCCCACUCUCAGGGAGGCCACCAUCACCACCACCCCAACGAGACGGGGCAUGGGGUGGAGGGACACCACCUCCACGAUGAGCAGGAGGAAGACCUGGACGGGGUCUGGAAGGGUCUCACGGCUCUGAGCGGGGUCUACAUCAUGUUCCUCAUCGAGCACUUCCUCACGCUGGGGAAGAUGUACAAGGACAAGAAACAAAAGAUCCAGAAGCAGUGGGACCAGAACGACAAAGCCGAUGCAGAGAAGCAGCCGGCGCUGGAAGACCACGACCUGAAGCCCCCUGAAGACGUGGAGACGAACGGCGCGGGUAUCUUCGGCGACCGCUCCAUCAGCCUGCACGGCGGCGUGGCGGAGGAGGAGCAGGUGAUGCUGGCGCCGCAGCCGUCCGCCGGCGCCUCGCCGCAGGGCUCCGCCGCCUACACCGCCGAGGACUGCGAGAACAAGUGCCACUCCCACUUCCACGACACGGUGGGCCAGGCGGACAGCAUGCACCACCACCACCACGACUACCACCACAUCCUGCACCACCACCACUCCCAGAACCACCACCCGCACAGCCACUCCCACUCCUACUCCGAGGAGCACUUCCAGCAGGCCGGCGUGGCCACGCUCGCCUGGAUGGUCAUCAUGGGGGACGGGCUGCACAACUUCAGCGACGGCCUGGCCAUCGGCGCUGCCUUCACCGAGGGUCUGUCCAGCGGCCUCAGCACGUCCGUGGCCGUCUUCUGUCACGAGCUGCCGCACGAGUUAGGGGACUUUGCGGUGCUCCUGAAGGCCGGGAUGACGGUGCGCCAGGCCAUUCUCUACAACGUGCUGUCGGCCAUGAUGGCGUACCUGGGCGUGGUGAUCGGCAUCGUGAUCGGACACUACGCCGAGAACAUCUGCAUGUGGAUCUUCGCCCUCACGGCCGGGCUCUUCAUGUACGUGGCCCUGGUGGACAUGGUGCCGGAGAUGCUGCACAACGACGCCGGCGACCACGGCUUCAGCCACUGCGGCUUCUUGCUGCAGAACGCCGGCAUCCUGCUGGGCUUCUGCAUCAUGCUGCUCAUCGCCGUCUUCGAGCACAAGAUCAAGCUGGACCUGGGCUAACGGGGGACAAGCUGGUCCUGAGCUCCGUGUGCGUCUUCAAGUGUCUCCGUCAGAAGUGUACUGUGUCUUUUUAUUUGUUGUUGUUGUAG